GUUUUACUGUUCUCACACUGCUCAUCCUGUUUUCCUCAAGCUUCUACCUUAUUUUGGAACAGUGAGGCCUUCUACUGUCUACUUAUCUACUUAGCAUUUCUCCUUAUUAUGAUGACACAACUACCUUGGAAUAUAGAAAAUUAGUUCUCUACUGCAAAAACACAACUUUGUUUCUCAUACAACCCUCUGGCUUCUUCCCUUCAGCCAAUUCACAGCCCACCUCACUACUCCUCCUGCUUAUUCCCCAUGCUAGGUGCAUUGGUGUACAGGCACCCCCCAUUUAAGGUGUGUUUCUUGCACCAUAUUCCCCUUCCCUCAUUCCUUUUGGUAGUUCCUGAAUGCCUUGAUGUUUUAACCCCAUUUGUUUCCCCCCAGACUGCUCAUGGGUCCUAUCUUUGUUGCCUUAUUAAGAAAACUACUGUGCUUUCCAGUAGAAAUCAGGUGGUCAGGAAGUGGUUUAGAGCCUCGUGUUGAGAUUUCCUUUGAUAGAUAUGGUCAUUUGUUUCAAAUGUAGGGCAACAAAAAUGUAGGUCUGUAUUCUGAGUUCCCACCUCAUAGAAAUCCUUUGAAAGAGCUCUUGACUUUCAUAUUCUUACGCAGAAGAUUUGUGUUUACUGGCAACCACCUCUAUAGCCCCAUGGAAGUUUAUCAUCCUAUGUAGCAAACUGACUUCUUCUUUCACAGGUGUUCUAAGCUGUGGGUAUAUAACCUCCUGUGUGACCUCAUUGCUAUAAGCAGUGAGAAAGAAAACAGGGAGCUGCAUGCGGUUAUAGCUGGGCUUUGUAGUUGCCUGGGUUUCAACGGGAGCUGCUAGAGGACUUUUCCAGGCUACCGCAGCAGUUGUUUGUGGUGGCAAAGUGCUGAAGGUUGAAGGAGGGACCAUAGAAUGGUUGGGUUAGAAGGGACCUCUACAGAUCACCUAGUUCCAGCCCCCAGCCACUGACCCGAAAGCUUCAUGUGCUCUUCAGAGAGCGGUUCCCACGGGGCUGUCGAAGGUGUCAGAUCCUAUCUGUGGGGGUGGCAGGGAAAGGUCCUUCUGACUUUUUUCCUUCCUUCCAAGUUUACAGAUUCCUCAUAGCAAGUCAGCUGGUGCCAAAAAUCAGAAUUAGCUUUUCUUUUGUUGUCUGUCCUUCUGUGCUGGCACUGUCUGUCCUCUGCAGGGCUCUGGGAGGUGCCGAGGGGCUCCCUGCAUCACACCUUAUCUCAUGGCUUCAUUAGUGAAGAUGAGCUUCAAGUUCAGGGGUUGUGUUGGUGCUUUUGGUUGUGUGUUGAGUCUGUGUCCCAAAGCCAAUGGUGCUCAAAUGAUAAAAUCAGGUCCAGGCAAAGACUGCAGGGCUAGCUUGGUCUGCAUCUUGCUCUUGCAUGUUUUGGGGCAGCUGUGCUGAAAUGUGGCUUCCACAAGAAGCUGAGUGGUACAUGGGUCCCAAAACUGUCCCAUGCCUCUCACAACCCAUUCAACAUGAUCCAUCCAAGGGGCAAGCAGCAGAAACCUGCCUGUUUCUUUCCCAUUGGUGUCUGAUCUCCAGCACACAGAAAGGUCCAAAGAAAUUGCAAAUACAACCUCAGAAGAGCUUGAGAAUCCUGCCACUGGGUCGGGAAUGGACUCCAAGACACUGGGGAAGGAGGUAAGCAAAAAGCCUUAUAUGAAGAGGAUCCAUUGCAACUUGUUUUCUCUGGGGGGAAAAGAAAGAAAGAAACAGGCAAACAAACAAACAAAAAACAACAACAAUAAUAAUAAAAAAAAAAAAACAGCAAAUGCCGACAGUCACUCAGGAGGACUGGAGUCUCCCUAAGGAGCAGAGGAGGCAUCUCAGAGGGGUUGCAUGAAGCAAGGGCCGGAUGGGGCUGUGGUUUCAAGGGACAGAGUGAGCCCUGAAUCUGCUAUUAAGUGAGAUGUGGAGGAAAAAAAAGUGUCAUUCAGGACUGGACAUUAUAGCAACACAAAGGCUUCUGGUUGGUGCGGUUGUUUCUUUGCAUAAUAGUAAUAAAACCAAACACUAUUUCCUUCCUUUUUUCUCAGAAAAGCAUCUCCACGCAGGGGACAUCACCGUUGCCCUCUGUGUGGGGAAGUCACCGAGCCCUGGACCCCCAGUCUGGGAUGGCAGGGAGCAGAGCCCUGCUCCUCCUGGGUGAGUGCAACCACAGGGGCUGGGGGCUGCUGGCAUGGACGUGUGUCCCCAAAAAGCCACAGGGACCCAGUGAGCAUCAGCGAGGGCAAAGGUGACUCCAUCUCCAGCACAGGUUCUGCUGAGUGCCCCUCACAUCCCUUUGGGGCAUGUCUGGAGGGGGUUUCACUCUGCCUGGGGAAGGGGAGAUGUUUGUUUAUCCUGCCAGGUGGGGGAGAUUUGGAUGGAGCAGUGGUUGCCCCUGUCACAACAUAGGCUUAGGGCUUCCUCUUUGGGGUGGCCUUGUUGCUGGGGAAGAGGGAAAUGAGGGUCCAGCAAGGCUGGUGGGCAUGAGCAUGGUGAGGCUGGGGAUACCAUGCCAUGGAGUGGUGUGGAGGUGCUGGUGGGUGUCUCGGCGACCUGGCAGGUCUUGCCAAGACUUUUCUUUUAGCAUGGCUUACGUCCAACGGCAGGCUUGCUCCUCUCUGUACAGGGGUGCUGCAGAAUGCCUGGCAGGUGCUUCCCAGUGGUGCUCAUCCCUUCUUCUUUUCCUCCUUGCAGCUCAAGUCCUCGGCAUUGCUGCCACAGAGAUGGCUCUGCUAACCAUGGACCCCCCCUGGAGCACGAUAUUCCGAGGAGAGAGUGUCACCCUGCGGUGCCGGGGCUCCCACCCCCAUGGUCAGCAGCCCACAACCUGGUACCACAACGACAAGAUCCUGGCACGCACGGACACUGACACGUACAGGAUCACGAACGCCAGGCAGAAACAGACGGGCAGAUACAAGUGCCAGAGCCCCGGCUCUGUGUCCAGCAACCCCAUUACCUUGAUUGUCUCCUACGAUUGGCUGAUCCUCCAGGUCCCGUCUCAUGUGGUGUUCGAGGGCGAGCCGCUGUGCAUGCAGUGCCGGGGAUGGGACACAGGGAGCAUGACUUCGGUGCAGUAUUUCAGAGAUGGAGCAGACAUCACCACCCGCUACGCCUCGGACAAGCAGCUCUGCAUCCCCCAGGCCAAGACCCACCAGAGCGGCAGGUAUCGCUGCACGGGACAGAUGAACUCCUUCUUGUCAGUAAUAAAAAGGGAAUCUCAAGAGUUACAUGUUUUUAUCAAAGAGCUCUUCUCCUCCCCAGUGCUGAGCGUGGCCAGCACAGCGGAGACCCUUGAGGGAAGCCCCCUCAACCUGAGCUGUGUCACGCACCUCAGCCCCCACAGCCCCCACACCAUCCUCUGGUACCUCUUCUACCGAAACAGCACGGUCCUUCAAGGCCCCGAGACCUCCUCCAAGUACCAGGUGCCGACGGUGGGGCUGGCGGACACGGGCUCCUACUUCUGUGAGGUGCAGGCAGACAACUCCAGCAUACGGAAGCAGAGUGCCCAGGUCCCCAUUGCUGUCAGAAGAGUCCCCAUCUCAGGGGUGUCCCUGGAUGUGCAACCCCAUGAGGGGCAGGUGAUGGAGGGGCAGCGCCUGGUGCUGAGCUGCUCAGUGGCUGCAGGCACAGGGUCUAUCUCCUUUUCCUGGCACCGAGAGGGCUCUGCAGAGGUUUUGGGAAAGGGCACCCGUUAUGAGAUCCUGUCAGCCCAGCAAAACGACGAUGGGCAGUAUUACUGUAUGGCCUCCAACGGGGACGUCCCAGCCCAGAGCCCGCGGCUGCAGGUCACGGUUGUGGGUGUCUCUUCACUCUUCUACUGCCAUAUCAGAGCACCACUGCUGCUAGCAGCCUUGGGGUCCCUGCUGUCCGGGCUGGUUGCUGUCCAUGUCCUCACUGCAGGGAGCAAAGACCCUAAAGGAGUGAAGCAGUGAGUGGGACUCCCCAAGAGACCAUCUGCACAUGAAUCAGACGCACACCAGGAAAGAAUGCUUGUGGGGCAACUCAGACCCACUGCUGCCCCCGCAAGGGCACCAUGGAAAUCAGCCAAAUGAGUGUCCCCAUGUCCCUUCCCCGGCCUGCACUGUCCCUCAACAUAUAUUGACAGAGAUGCUUCUGGUUUCCUGCAUGUGCUGCCCAAUAAAGCACUUCUGAGUCUGAA